UUGAUGGGCACUGGACGUAACGGUGAAACGACAAAGUACCAAGUGAAAUUUAACGACCCAAAGGUGUGCAAGUCGUUCUUGCUUGGGUGCUGUCCCCAUGAGAUUCUCACGUCAACGAAACUACAAUUUUCUAUAUAAUGAUGAGGAAAUAGGUGUUAGUUUUGUAUGUAAGUACUAUGACGUACGUAUAAAAUUAAGAAUUUAUUAGGUUAAUGUUUGGUAACUUGCGGCGGCAAUUUGGGUCAAGAGACCCGAUUUCCGCGCCAGUUUCGCGUUUUUGGUAAGUAAAGAGGGUUAAAGUACAAGCUGCAUGUACUACAUACAAAACCGUUAAUUAAGGAUAUAGUGAGUAUUUAAAAAACGAAAAAAUUGUAAAAUUUGCUCAAGACCGAUGCUGGCUUUUUCGUGAGUAUUAACAGUUUUUGGAUCUUAGCCGAUCUAAUCAUCAAAAUUGGUGCGUUUAUUGAUUUUAAACGGAUAUUCGGGCUACGCUUUAGGAAUUAAUAUUCAUAAAGGAAAUUACCAUAAUUGUAAGUUCACUUAUAUUUAUUUUAUCAAAGUCAUAGGGCCUUCCACAAUCCCAAUUCGCCACAAAUCAAUUAAACCAGACGUGAAUUGUGAUUGUUGAAACGUGCGCCCCAUUAUUGUGUAGACAACCAAUUUUUGGGCUGUGAUAGUUGUUGUUUAAUGUUAAAAAUCAACAAAAACAGAAUUCUUUCCAUCAAAUAGGAUUUAGCCCUUUUGUAGUGCCACCGAGAGACUAAUUUCGUUUGUUAAUAGCGCAUGGACUUGGGGGAAUGCCCGAGAAUCCAUGAUUUGGCUUUGCGGGCCGACUUUGAGAAGGCCCAACAAACCAAGGAUUAUUUCUACGAUUUGGACGCAAUGGAACACCUGCAAGCUUUCAUCACCGACUGCGACCGCCGCACCGAGGCCGCCAAGCAGCGUCUCGCCGAAACCCAAGAAGAAUUAUCGGCGGAAGUGGCCGUUAAAGCCAACAGCGUGCACGAAUUGGCCGAACAAAUCGGGCAAAAGCUCGCCAAAGCCGAGCAACUCGGCGAAGAGGGCUUCGUGGACGAAAGCAUGAAACUCAUGGAGGAAGUGGACGAAUUGAGGAAACGAAAACUGGAAGCUGAGCAAGAAUACCGCAACUCGAUGCCGGCAAGCAGCUACCAGCAGCAGAAAUUACGCGUUUGCGAAGUCUGUUCGGCUUAUCUCGGCAUCCAUGAUAACGAUCGACGUCUCGCUGACCAUUUCGGAGGGAAACUGCAUCUUGGGUUUAUCAAGAUUCGGGAAAAAUUGGCGGAGCUUGAAAAAAAUGCGGAGAAGCGGAAGGAGGAAAAGCGCAAGACUGCGCGGGAUAGAGACCGUGAUGAUAGGGAUGACAGGUACAGGGAGAGACACCGUGAGCAGUAUGUCGGGGGGCGCGAGCUGGACCGCAGGUCAAAGAGACACCGCUCCCGGUCCAGGGAUAGGAAAGAGAGGGAGAGGAGUGACAGGGAUCGGGAUAACAGGUCUCGGUCGCAUCGUUCAAGGUCCAGGAGUCGGGAACGCCGCUCACACUCGCGUCAUUCAAGUUCAAGCGACAAGAGAAGAGACCGCGACCGGGAUUAAAUUGUUUUAAGUAAUAUAUUUUUGUAAUAUAUUAUUUUAGUGCAAAGUAGAUGUAAGUUGUGGUUCACUGGAUGAUGUAUUGAAAAAAGUUUUUGCUUUUUAAUUAUUAUUGGAAUUAGUUCAAUAAAGUUUACAAGUGAA